AUGGGCGGAGUUCCAUCAAUCCCCACAGACCGGACCCGUACCGUGCAGGUCAUCGGCGCCGGCUACUCCCGCACCGGCACUGUAUCCAUGGCCCUGGCCUUGGAAAAGCUGCUUGGAGGGCCAGUUAUGCAUGGAGGAACGCAGCUGUUUGGUCGAGAAGACGCGUACGUCAAGCUCUGGUGCGACGUCUUUGCCAAUCGCAACAACAAGCCUGUCCUCAUGAAGCUCCUGCGCGAGGCCACAGCUGGCUUUGUCGCUGUGACUGACGCUCCCGCCACCGCCUUCAUCGCCGAACUGGUCGAGCUCUACCCAGAUGCCAAGGUGGUGCUCGUGACACGGGAUCCCGAUCGAUGGUAUAACAGCAUGCAGACGCUGAUAAAGGGUGGCAUUGGUUCCAUGUCGGUGCUCAAGGUGAUUUUGUGGCCUUGUCCUGGGUGGAGGUGGGCGCCGAGAUGGCUGAAACACCUGGAGAAGACUCGCUGCUCUUUUCACGCCGUGAUGCUAAUCUUUUCAGAUUCUAUCCUCAUCCAUAACGAAUGGGUCCGCAACACCGUCCCCAAGGAAAGACUGUUGACCAUGGAACUCAAAGAGGGCUGGGAGCCAUUGGCCAAGUUUCUCGACAAGCCAGUUCCCGAUGAGCCGUUUCCUCAUGCCAAUGAUGGCGAGGCCAUGGAGAAGUUUGCCAAGGGCGUGUUUCGCACUGCUAUAUUGAUUUGGCUGGGCAUCCUGGGGGGCACGAGCUUGCUUGCGUGGGUUGGAGUGGGAGCAUGGAGGAGGUCCUUGAUGGCGGUUUGA